AUGCCUCGAUCACUGCAUUCAAAUUCGACCGAGUCCAAGCAGGAAGAUGACCACGGUAGUGGUAGCCCUGACUUGGUUCUCGCUAGAUCGGAAGGUAGAGUCGGGUUCAGAGGCCUCUUUGAAAAUAAAUUCAUACUUGGUAUAUCGUUGUUCUCGACUCUCGGAGGAUUCCUCUUUGGCUACGACCAGGGAGUCGUGAGCAACGUGCUUGCCAUUGAGUCUUUCGGAGCCGAAUUCCCAUCGAUCUACAUGAAUCCAGCGUUGAAGGGCUGGUUUGUCUCCACACUUUUGCUCUCUGCGUGUUUCGGAUCCAUUGUGAAUGGUCCCGUAUGUGAUAAAAUCGGGCGAAAGAGAGACAUAAUGUGCAACGUUGUGAUCUUUCUUCUCGGUAGUGCACUCCAAACAGGUGCCACGUCUCCCAUUUACCUCUUCGCCGGUCGUGCCGUUGCUGGUCUGGCAAUCGGUGCUCUGACACACGUCGUCCCGAUGUAUAUUGCUGAAAUAUCCAGUGCCAAAAUCCGUGGAUCUUUAGUUUCUCUGCAGCAACUCGCUAUCACAUUUGGUGUGAGUGAAACAGCCAACUGGAUCGCGUAUGGCACGUCACAUAUCGGGGGAACCCGAUGCGCCCCAGAAAUACCAUACACUGGAGCGCUUUUGAACGGCAGGCCUACGUUUGAUCCUUACAAGGAUGUUCCUCCUGGGGGCUGCACUGGUCAGUCUCAAGCGUCAUGGAGAAUUCCGGUUGGAUUCCAACUACUCCCUGCUUUGUGUCUUGGCGUUGGCAUGCUCUUCAUGCCAUACUCGCCACGUUGGCUCGUGGAGCAGGGCCGCGAGGAGGAGGCUCUGCAGACGCUGUCGCGUCUUCGCCGGAAGCCCGCUGAAAAUAGUUCGGUUCGGUUCGAAUAUCUGGAGAUUAUGGCUGAAGUUCGUUUUACGAGAGAAGUCACGAAGGCCGCAUAUCCUAAUGCGGGGCCAUUCGGGCAGUCGAUCAAUAACUACCGGGCAUUGGUGUCUAGCCGGCCAAAGUUCAAGCGUUUAAUUGUUGGUUGCCUUACUAUGGUCUACCAGCAAAAUAUGGCUAUCAUUUAUUAUGCGCCCACGAUUUUCGGCCAACUUGGCCUCGACCCGAACACUACCUCCCUGUUCGCCACUGGUAUAUUUGGAAUUGUUAACAUGGUCGCUACUCUACCUGCCAUCAUCCUCCUCGAUAGUGUGGGCAGGCGCCCUUUGUUAAUGUCUGGUGCUGCUGGAUGUUUCAUUUGUUUGGCAAUCGUGGGUUCUCUUGUCACCGCAUAUGGCAAGGACUGGUCAGCACAUGCAGUAGCGGCUCGCACUGCCAUUGUCUUCGUGUUCCUCUACGAUGUUAACUUCGCUUACUCGUGGGCUCCGAUCGGAUGGGUUCUUCCCAGUGAGAUCUUCCCGUUGCACCUCCGAUCCACUGGUAUCUCCAUCACCACAUCGACCACGUGGAUAUCGAACUUUUUUGUUGGACUCUUUGCGCCGGGGAUGUUGGCCCGUGCGGGUGGAGUGACGUACUAUAUAUAUGCCGGAACUGCUCUAAUAGCGUUACUCUCCGCUAAGUUUUUCUUCCCAGAGACCAAGGGUCGGACCUUAGAAGAGAUGGACGCUGCCUUUGGCGAUAACGCUACUGUCAGGGAGCGAGAACGUAUGGAGGGCAUUUGUCGGGAGCUUGGUCUGCCCGUCAACACGCUUUCGACGGCAUAG